AUGUCUAACCAGAUCCCGCCAUUCCCGUCGGACGUGCCAGUCGCCGACAUAGCCACUGUCAACUUCGAUCUUCUAGCCCAAGGAGACCCGGAGCAAGCCCAAACCCUACUACACUCGUGCCAGAACUAUGGCUUCUUCUACCUGUCCAACCACCAUGUGGACUCUCACUUCAUGUUCAACCUUGCCGACUCGGUCUUCUCCCUGCCACUGGACGAGAAACUCAAGUACGACAUGGGCACCACGGGCCACUACUACGGCUACAAGCGAUCCGGCGCCAUGUUUGUCGACGACAAAGGCACAAAGGACCACAGUGAGUUCUACAACGUCUCCAAGGACGAAGUCCUGGCUAUCCCGCAGCCAGGCAAAACUGUGACGGGCCAUCAUCCCCAAGUGGUCCUCGACCGCUUCGACGAGCUCAAGGCCUUCAUGAAAUCAUGCCAUAAAAUCAUAUACACCAUUACGACGUCUCUCGGCAAGUCGCUGGAUUUGCCAGCGGGUCUGUUGGAGUCCCUACACGAGCUCGGGAAGCCAUCUGUAGACCAGGCUCGAGUCACUUGUGCGCCUCCAAUCAGACCAGCCGAGACCAUCACGCUCGGCGAACACACGGAUUUCGGCAGCGUCACCGUCCUGUUCAACCGGCUGGGCGGGCUUCAGGUGCUCGCCCCCAACAAGCGAGACUGGGAGUACGUGCGUCCUCGGCCUGACUGUGCGGUGAUCAACCUGGGCGACAGUUUGAUCAAGUUGCUAGGGGGCAGACUGUACAGCGCGGUCCACCGCGUCGUGGCGCCGCCCGGAGAGCAGGGGAACUGUAUGCGACAUAGCGUGGUUUACUUUUCGCGUCCGAACUCGAGCGUGAAAUUGCGGGAUCUCUUCCAGUAUCCCUCCGACGAGGACGUGGCGAGGCUGGAGAAGUCAUCUGAUGAAACUCUCCUGAAUGCUGACGAGUGGGUCAAGCAGCGGGCACAUAAUUGGAAUACGGCACAGUACAAGGGCAAAGAGUCGUACAAAUUGAGUCGAGGAACUGAGCAUAAUCGAGAAUGGGAGUCAGACCCCACAAAGUUGGAUCAGCACCGACCGAAGGCAGUCCAGGCUGUGUGA